UUUAAGAGCCCUAUCCAGCUCUCUGUUGAAAGCAUCCAGAGAACCUGCCUCCACCGCCCUCUGAGGCAGAGAAUUCCACAGACUCACCACACUCUGUGAGAAAAAGUGUUUCCUCGUCUACGUUCUAAAUGGCUUGCUCCUUAUUCUUAAACUGUGGCCCCUGGUUCUGGACGCCCCCAACAUCGGGAGCAUGUUUCCUGCCUCUAGCGUGUCCAAGCCCUUAACAAUAUUAUAUGUCUCAAUGAGAUACCCUUUCAUCCUUCUAAACUCCAGAGUGUACAAGCCCAGCUGCUCCAUUCUCUCAGCACAUGACAGUCCCGCCAUCCCGGGAAUUAACCUUGUAAACCUACGCUGCACUCCCUCAAUAGCAAGAAUGGGGGACGUUUCGGGUCGAGACCCUUCUUCAGGCUGAAGUUUAUGCCGUCCUGUAUAGUAUUCAGGGUGGGUCAGACAUGACUAGAGAAUAAGAAAGGUCUAUGGAGUAAACCCGAGUUGAACAGAGGGAGCUGCAACAUCAGACGGAGAUGAACCUGGAGACUGGCCAAAGGUCUGAAGCACACACAUUGAUUGGAAGUGACAAGGAGUGAGAGACGGACACAGAGGAGGUGUGUGCUGACAGCGAGGCGAGGGCUGGUCUUUGGGGAGUGUCUUUGAAGCGGGGAGACGGCGGGUCGGGGCAGUGGGCAGCGCGGCACCGUCUCCUUUAAUCGGAUGAAACAUAGAUUUUCUGUUGACUACUUUGCGUGAGCGAGCGAGAGCGCCCAUUCACCAUGGCCACGUACAAUCGAAGGUUAUCUGACAACGCCUUCCAGGUAAAGCAGGACAUAGUGCACCGUAAUACUUUGGAACCAGAAUGCUUCCUGCUUUCAAAAAGCUCCUCUGACACCCUAUAUCCUCUGAAGGAAGAAAGGCAAAUGACUAAUCCACAUCUGAGGAAAACUAUCGGCUGCGUUGCCUCUCCGAUCAACGCAGCUGAAACAGGCGCGGGGUACCAGUGUCAGUCGGCGUGUUUCAUGCCACAGAAGAACUUCACCAUUGUCCCCUUGUGCGGUUGCUUCCAGAUGGCAUCUAUUCCAGAUCCCAACCGGGUCUCGGGACGGGCAAAGCUUCAGGAGAAUACACAACUCCACGGCAACAGUCACACGAACAGCAGCUCAGACAUCAGAAAGGACGCAGAGACGCUGUUGUACAAAGACGCACAUUUGGGGGUGCUGCAAACCAAGUUGGUGUACAGGAGUUGCUCAGACAUCAUGUGUGGUUACAGGGACAACUGUUGCCAGGACAAUGGUCAGACCACGACAAAACAUCGAGUUACUGGUGCAACUCCUCACGGUGAAAUGACAACUAAAGAUUCUGAUCAAAGGAUAGUGAUAAAUAUCCCAAGGGGUGAGACUGACAAUGAACAUCAUGAAGUCAUGGGAGGUUCUCCAAUCACUCCCGAACAUCUAGUGAAGAACACAGUCAAUAAAGUCUGCACUCCCAUGCAUCAGUGCCACUUCAUGUUUGCAGAGAGUUCCCACAGUUACCCAGGUAUCGUGAUCGUCCAAGAGUCUGGUAGGCAAUGUCCAGAUAAUUGUAUGCAAAGAGAUGGGACCGUCACCAGGGAUCGGGGUGGAGCGGCAUCUAAGGCAGGAGAUGGUUCAAUGAGCAAUCACAAUUGCACUGGACAUCAUAGCCGUGCGAUACCCGGCCUGAACACAGAAGAAACGGUGCCAGCUUUGUGCCAUCCUCUGCCAAUCCCAGCCAUUCAUCUCAUGCCACGGCUGGUCAGUUCUGUCAGUGAGUCUGGGAGGGGAGACAGCAAUGCGUUUUGCCAUUCGCUCCCAGUUUCUGGCAUUCUGCCAUUCCCACGCCUGGUGUCUUCAGUGAGUGAAUCCGGUUUGGACACAAGGCAUCUUCGGAAAUGCCACGGGACCCCGGGAAGUAAUGUGGUCCCCACUGCGACUGGCGGAAUCCCUCCGAAUACUCCAGAUGCAAUGAAAGCGGGUCUGGUUGAUGCUUCUCAUAUUUGUCAGCAAAAUAGUCCACAUACUAACCUGGAUGUGAGAACACGAGACAUGUGCACCAUGACGUCUGUAAGGGAUCUGAGCCUUGGCUUUCACUAUCGACUAAAGAAGAGAGACGCAGAGGUGCAGACGUCAUUCACAGCUGACUACAAGUCGGUGGGCACCAGCCCAAUGUUUCCAGCUGAUUGCUGCUUGGCUCACUCCUUCCCAGAAGUUAACUUUGAGGAGAUUCAGAAGUCCCCGGUCUGCGAAGUGAAAUGGGACGACGAAGGGAUGACGUGGGAAGUCUACGGGGCCUCUGUCGACCCUGAGGUCCUGGGGCUGGCCAUACAGAAACAUCUGGAGAUUCAGAUCGAGCAACAUGAAAAGGACAGAGUAACCACAGCUGAGAAGACGGCGAGGCAUUCGGAUCCCCAGCUGGAUGCCACAUGCGUGCUGGAACAUCCGCCAAAGGAGAAGAGACAUUUGCCAGGUUUUAGGAAGAUGCUGUCCACACUGAGGCAUCCCACCUGUUGCGUGCGACCCACCGCAGUAAUAGACUAAUCGCUGGCUCCACUGUCGGGGAGUAAAUCACAUUUUUAUUGGGGACAAUGUAUAGAAGCUGCAGUCACAAAACGUAAAUGCAUUUACUGCUCUCCAGCCCCCUCCCCCACAUCCCCGCCAGAAACACACAUUCCUGAAUUCAGGAUAAUAAUUUAGCGAGAGUUUUUUUUAAUAAAUAGUUUUCCUUUCGAGAUAUUUAUGAGAGUGGCUGA